AUGGACGAAACAUUCACCCUCCUCCCUCUACACCUCGACCCGUCCAGCAAAGCCAUCUCCACCUCUUCCACCUCUUCCACCAGCUCCUCUUCCGCCCUAACCACCGAGCUCGCGACGCUCAACGCCCUGCACCGCACGCUGCUGAGCCUCGAGACGCCCGGAAAAACCCCGCCGCCUCCGAUCCCCGUGAACCCGAAACGCAGCGCGGCGAUCACGAAGAUGCGGGAGAACGGCAACGCGCAUUUCCGCAAGGGCGCGCACGCCGAGGCCGUGCGGCUGUACACGUUUGCAAUCGACAUGGCGCUGGGCCGGCCGGUGUGGGAACCCGCGGGGCUGGUGCGGGAAGAGGUCGCGGGCCUGUUUGCGAACAGGGCGGCGGCGCAGAUGGGUCUGCGCAAUUUCCCGGAGGCGGCGGUCGAUGCGGAGACGAGCGUGGAGAUGAAGAGGAUCGGCAAUGCGAAGGCGUGGUGGCGCCGAGGGAAAUGCUUGGUGGAGAUGGGCCGCCUGCGGGAGAGUAAGGACUGGUUGGGCAAAGCGCUGGAGGUGGAGGGCAAAGAGGCGGAGAUUGUGGGGCUUUUGGCGGAGGUGAAGAAGGAACUGGAGAGACGGGGGGAGUAA